UGGGAGACACACAAUCCGAUGCAAGUCAUUUUUAUCUUGUUAGGUCUUUCCGUCAUUGCCAGUCACUGCCAGCGGAUUCCUGACACAGUGGGUGGUGAGAGAGCCAACAAAGUCGUUCUCACAGAUGAGGAGUGGAGAGCCAAACUGACACCUGCACAGUAUGAUGUGUGCCGGCGGCAUGGGACAGAGAGGGCGUGGACGGGAGAGCUGCUGGAGAACAAGGGCAAAGGGGUUUACCAGUGUGCCUGUUGUGGUGUCGACUUAUUCAACUCGUCUACAAAGUUUGACUCUGGCUCAGGCUGGCCUUCGUUUUAUGAUGUUGUGAAGGACAAAGACGACGAGGAGCUGCCAGCCGUGGGAACUCACACCGACAGAAGCCACGGGAUGAUGCGCACCGAAGUGUUGUGUGGAAAGUGUGACGCCCACCUGGGCCACGUAUUCAACGACGGGCCGCGACCCACCGGCCUCCGCUACUGCAUCAACAGUGUGUGCCUCAAGUUUAAGCCAGCUCGGGGGGACAAGGACUCGAAGGACGAGUUGUGACCCAGCAAAAUCUGACCCAACUGAAAUAUUUGGGCUGACACUUCGUCGCCUCAGAACUAUUUUGCCCAAAGUGUACUUAACCCUUUCAGUACGCCCUGGGGUCAUUUUGUACCCCCUGGGUUGUAUUCUUCACAUUUUAGAAUAUUUCUAGCACGAUAAUCUCUU